AUGGCCAGGUGGCUGCGGUCGUUGAAGGGGAAGUUCGUCUACCGUGGUCCCAAGCCCUACGAUCCCGAUCGCUUCACCAAGGUAUCCAUAUCGAUUACCUUGGAUCCCAAGCAAGCUUCCAACACCAAGAUCAUGAAUCAGGUGAUCGAAGAAGCUCGACGGAUCAGUGGUCAGCACCCAUCGGUGAUCACCUUCAACACGAACGAUGCCCAGCAAGGAAUCCGAAAGGCUGGCCGACUUCUGCAAGUCACAGCGACCAAAAGCGCACCAGCGGGUGACAAGUGCGGCGUCAAAGUGAAUCUGGAGGGCCAGCUCAUGCUGGGGCAAGACUUCCUGUACCGUCUCAACACGAUUGUCCUUCCCCGUGUGCGAGAUUUCCAAGGCUCUUUGUAUUCCCAUU